ACAUCCCAAGCCAAAGUUUAAACUAUCAAUAAAGAUAAUUAUAAGAACAAAAUUAGGGGGAGAGCUGUCUACUUUUUUUUUUGCUAUUUCAAGGCGAGGUGAUUGUAUUUCGAGAGCAGAUUUCAUAGACAAGCCCACUUAACGUGUAUCACACAAGCAACGAUUCGGCAGCUUAAAGCAUUUACAAACAACAGUUAACGACAUUUGGGUGCAAGGUAGAGAAAACAGAAAUUGCUUCUGACAAUCGCUCAAGGAACCCGCACGUUAAGAGAAAACCUCAAAAACAGUUUCAAGAACUAGAAGCAGGUUUCUAAAACUCCUAAAAGAAAAUGAAUACAGAAUGAUUUGUUUAGAAGACCUUCAUCAAAGAUAUGGGGGGGGGGCAAACUUUUUCAACCUGGAUGGCCUCAAUCGGCCCCUUACUCCAAACGAAUCCGUGAAAUAAAUGUUGAAACUGCGCAUCAUUUUACGGCGGCUUAAACAUUUUUUUUUAAUGCGGCGCAGUGCUUUUGCUCAGGAUACCUGUGGUCCUGACAUACAGUAUGGAACGUGAAAGGAGUACCCUUGAGUUGAAUGAAAGCUUUUCGAAGCGUUUUGUUUUCAAGGAUGGAUUCGGGGUCGAAUUGAACCGAGGCGCGAUCCACCGGAGCCACCGUCCCGCUUCUGUUGUGUCUUCGGCAGGGGCCAGUUCGGGCGUCGGCAAGGAGACGGCCGUGGCGUUGGCCGCCAGGGGCGCCCGCGUGGUCGUCGCCUGCCGGGACGCGGGCAAGGCGGAGAAAGCGGUGCGGGAGAUCAAGUUGCGCAGCCGCAGCCUGGCGGUGGUCGGCAUGGAGCUGGACCUGGCCAGCCUGCGCUCGGUGCGCCGCUUCUGCGAGAACUUCUUGCGGCGGGAGGAGAGGCUCGACGUCCUGAUCAAUAACGCAGCCAUGCCCGGCGUCCUGGACUGGACGGAGGACGGCUUCAGCAUGUGCUUGGGCGUCAACCACCUGGGCCACUUCCUGCUCACCAACCUGCUGCUGGGCCGCCUGAAGGAGUGCGCCCCCAGCCGCGUGGUCACGCUCACCUGCUCCAGCUACAAGUACCAGAAGCUGGACUUGCACGACCUCAACUACAACCUGCUGCCCUUCUUCACCUACUGCCGCAGCAAGCUGGCCAACGUCUACUUCAGCCACGAGCUGGGCCGCCUGGCGCGAGGGAAGGGCGUCACCUCCUUCGCCGUGCACCCCGGCUUGGUGCGGAGCGAGUGGACGCGCCACUAUUCGUUGUUGUUCCGAGCCGCGAUGCGGGUCCUCGCGUGGAUGUUGUCCGCGUCCUGCGAGGCGGGCGCUCAGACGGUGGUCUACUGCGCCGUGUCGGACGAGGCGGCCCGUCUGGGGGGCGGCUACUUCGUGGACUGCCGGCCCGCCACCCUGCGACCCUUCGCCCGCGACGCCGGCGUGGCCAAGAAGCUGUGGGAGGCCAGCGAGAGGCUCGUCCAACCGCCGUGACAAUUUCUCCCGCUCCGACGUCAAAAGUUGCGGGCGGUUCGUCCGCUGACCGACCGCAAGUUCCGUUGGAGAGGCGGGAUCCAUUUUGGAUCGGAGUUGGCUCCGAUCAAUUCGUAUUUUCGGUCAAUCGGUGAAAUUGUCGUCCACUUGAGGAAAUCAAGGAAAAAUAUGUGUUGAAUGUCGUACUCUACUCAUAAAAUUGUUUUUAUUGUAUUUUUGGUGAUAAAAAUCACAUCUAUUUAAAGCGAGAGAGAUCCCCGUCUUGCAAAAGUGUCUUGAAAUUUUUAUAUCAUGAUUCCUAUGGGGUGGAAAUAUCUCCUCCGAAAUUUAUGCCAAAAUGCUUGUCGACACAAAAGUAAUGGGCUCCGCCUUGUGGUAACAGACGCGCCCCUCCACCCUGGAGUCGACU